AUUAAAGAAAGAAAAAAAGAAAAAAAAUCCAGGUGAAGACUGAGAAGAAAAUUAAAAAAAAAUCUGAAGUAGUAGUGAGAGGGGAGCAGAAACAAGGAGCCGGACAGGGAGGAGAGGAGGAGUCGCAGCAGACAGGAGGACAACCAAAAAACCUGCAGGUUUGUGGAGCCUGCCUGUGGGGAUGAAGGCGAGCAGGGACGUAGCACAUCCGAGGUGUCAGUGCCGUUGAGAAGAAAGGAGGAGGCAGCUUCGGUUUUCAGUCCCGGGGAGGCGGUGAUGGCGGGCGCAGGCGCCGGGGCGCGCACUCCCGGAGAGCGGACCGCAGCCCCGUCAGCAGCCGCAGCGGCUCCAGCAGCAUGAGGAGGAGGAGAACUUUUUGCUUCAAUCAGAUGGCAAACAACGUUCAGAAAAAUGGCCUGAUGUUGAAGCAGAGGGCGGCAGAGGGAGGAAUAAACUGAUAAGGAUUACAGAGAGCAAACACAGAGGAGGUGACCCUUAUCAUAUCCUGAAGGAGACGAGACAUAGAGCAUGACCCUGUGUUUGUCUACAGUACCAAAGAAGAGGCAAGGAGGAGCCUUCCUGGCCAGAGAAUUGCCACCUUCCUAGCUCUGACAGGAGCCCUUUCAACCCUGCUCCGAGCUACACUGGGGGGCUCAAGCAGUCCCCCGACUCCACCAGGAGGCUCACUCCAACCCAUCUGCCAGCUCAGAUAACCCUCUGAUCGUUGGCAACCACAUGUUUGAGGUGACUGCAUGUGACCGCCGCCCUUUCUCGUGCAGCAGCAGCAGCCUCCUGCGACCCCAACCUGCAUCAUGCAGUGGAGACGGCGGCACUGCUGUCCCAUCAAGAUGACCUGGACCGUCAAGCGUUCGCUCUUUCGGACUCAUGUGGCUGGCCUCCUCUCGCUGGCCCUGCUCUUCACCCUCUUCUUAUUUUUUAGUCAUCAAGACUGGUUACCCGGACGUAGUGGGGCCCGCGAAAACCCCCUGGCCUACACUGUCAGGGGCUUUCGCAGCCCCAAGGGAGAGGCCAACCAGAGCAGCUCCCUCAGGAGCAUGUGGAGGGAGACGGGGAAUGUAGCGCCAAAGCCUCUGCUCAACCUCAGCUCGCAGCAGGCAGAAGGGGCAGCAGGAGAGGCAGCGGGAGGAGGAGGUGGAGUGGGGGGAGGUGGCGGAGGAGCCAGGAUGGGUGUAAUGGGGCUUGGGGACACCAUGAGCGCAAACAAUAGUUUACAGAAAGAGAUGGGCGUAGGUGGGAGACUUAGCGCUCAGCCCUACCGGUACAUCUUGAAUGAGCCCUUCAAGUGCCGAGACAGCACCCCCUUCCUCAUCCUCCUCAUUGCUGCAGAGCCAGGACAAGCCGAUGCACGCAAUGCAAUACGCCAGACCUGGGGAAAUGAGAGUGUAGCGAUGGGCCUGGGGUUUGUCCGUCUUUUCUUGCUAGGCACAGGGCAGAGCUCAGACACCUUGCUUCAGAGCAGCAUAGAGGAGGAGAGCCGUAUUUAUCAUGAUAUCAUCCAACAGGACUAUCAGGACACAUACUACAACCUGACCAUCAAAACCCUGAUGGGCAUGAACUGGGUGGCCACCUAUUGCCCUCAUGCCUCCUAUGUAAUGAAGACGGACAGUGACAUGUUUGUCAAUACAGAAUAUCUAAUCCAGAAGCUGCUGAAACCCGAGAUGCCCUCCAAACAGAGGUACUUCACCGGCUACCUGAUGAGGGGAUAUGCACCAAACCGAAACAAGGACAGCAAGUGGUACAUGCCACCGGAGCUGUAUCCGAGCGAGCGCUACCCAAUAUUCUGCUCAGGCACGGGGUACGUGUUCUCAGGGGACAUGGCUGAGCUGAUCUAUCAGGCCUCACUAAGCAUACGCAGGCUGCACCUGGAGGACGUUUAUGUGGGGAUCUGCCUGGCCAAGCUGCGCAUCGACCCGGCACCCCCUCCCAACGAAUUCCUCUUUAACCACUGGCGGGUGUCUUACUCUAGUUGUAAGUACAGCCACCUGAUCACCUCCCAUCAGUUCCACCCCAAUGAACUCAUCAAGUACUGGAACCACUUACAGAGCAACAAGCACAAUGCCUGCAUCAAUAUGGCCAAGGAAAAGAACGGCAGGUACAGACAUCGAAAGUUCCAUGGAGAGAGACCUCCAUGAGAACUCCUGUGACCACGACCCGCCUCAAAAAAUACACUGUAACUACAGCUAGUGGGAGGGCAUGUUGAACUCAGCACUAUACUCUAUAUUGGGAAAAGCACAUUGUUUUUGGUAUUGUGUACAGUCGAUGAUUCAAACUAUUUUUUUAAUUUUAAAAAUGUUAAGUAUUGUAAACCUAUUGAGCUAUUUCUAAAAGGGAGAAUGGGGAACAUCUGUCUGUGUGAUUUAGAGCGUGCAGAAAAAAAGAGAGAAAAAAAGCUCAAGAGUGGUCUUCAUGACGAUUCAGGUGCCAACAGAAAUGUGGUUAUUCAUGUUCUCUUUUAGAGAUUAGUACAGUAUGUCGCACUCUACAAGUACGAAACGAAAAAAUAAAAAUAUUCUGACACAGCAGUGUUUACACAGACAAAGGGAAUUGUAUGUGUAUCAUGUGGGAAAGUGACACUACCUAAAUAUGAGUGAAUGGUAUGAAUCGUUGACCAGUUAUGCUGCCCUGUUUCUCAGUGUUUACUUUACAGACCUAUCAAAGAACACUAAACUCUAAAGAGAAGGUUUAUCUGUCAUAUACUGUAUUUUAUUUUUAAAGAAAAGAAUUAAGAAAAACCAAUAUGGAGCACCCAGAAUCACAUCAGAAAUGACUGAGAUUGUAUUUUUUAAAGCUUUACAGUGAGUAUGACUCUGCACUUGAGCAAAUGUGCAAUGAAUCUAUUAAACAAUUAAAUGUAUUGAAUUCA